AUGCGUCCCCUUACGGAAGAAGAAACCAAGACGCUUUUCGCCAAGCUGGCGAACUACACCGGCUCGUCGCUCAACAACCUCAUCGCUCCCCUCGAGGACGGCGACCGCUAUGUCUUCCGCCUGCAGCGCGAUCGUGUGUACUACGUUUUACUGUCGAUAGCGAACCUGGCCACCUCGAUAGGUCGCGACAAGCUGUUGUCUGUGGGAACUUGUCUAGGCAAGUUCAGCAAGACUGGCAAAUUCCGUCUGCACAUUACCAGUCUGCCCGUCCUGGCUGCCCACGCAAGAUACAAGAUCUGGAUCCGUCCCAACGGUACGAUGCCGUUCCUAUACGGCGGCAACAUUGUCAAGGCCCACGUGGGGCGCUGGUCUGAUGACUGCCCGGAGCACCAGGGAGUUGUAGUCUACGACAUGAACGACACUCCUCUCGGCUUCGGCGUCACGGCAAGGUCUACCGGCGAGGCGCGCAAGCUGGAUCCGACUGGAGUUGUGUGUUUCCGCCAGGCCGAUUGUGGAGAGUUCUUGAGAGAUGAGGAUACCCUGUUUGCUAGUUAA